GGGUGUACAUAUUUUUUUUAAACAGGUCCAAAACAUUGCUCCCUGCAUUUACAACAAUUAAGAAAAUAACUUCAAUUCAUUACAGAUAUCAAUGAAUAGCACUCUAGAUUUUUUAAUAUAAAAAAGAGGAAGAAGAAUUUCAAAUAUUAUUGUGAUCGGGUUCAGAUUUGAAUUGAGAGUCGGCGCGGUGGAAAACAUGGCAGGAGGAGGUACGCUCUCUACAAUAGAGAGACUAAAACAACUUGAAGCGGUGGAGGGUGAUGUAGUGAGCGCUAUUCAGAGUGCAGGAUCAGCUCUUCAAGAAUUAUCAAAAGACAAACCAGUGAUGAAAAAUGUUGAAUCCCAUACUACAACGUUCAUUAAAACCCUGGUCGAAGUAGAAAAGAAAUUAACAGGACAUAUCAACUAUCUAACACAAGUUUCCACAGGACAGCCACAUGAAGGUUCCUCAUAUGCCCCACAGAAAGAUCUAUUGUUAUCCUAUCACCGCGUUGACCACAUCAGAAGUCGGCUUAAUGACCUUGAAAGAUUGACAGCUGAUCCUGUGGUGCAUCGACAGCAACUGACACAGUCAGACUUGUUACAGAUGAGUGAACAACAUUAAAUGGGUCAGUCGGGAGCUUAGAAGUAGUGUGUGCAACUACUGACAUUCUGCUGUAUUUGUGUGAGGUACAUUGCACAGUGUAGUAUUACUAUGGUUACUGGACCAAGUGUCUUCACAUGGCAGCUAGAGCAAUUGAUGAAAAUGACCUUUUAAUGAAGUUAACAACUUGUCAGUAAAUGUGUAUCAGAUGAUACUUUGGACAAAGACAGUUUUGUGUUGUGUAUGGACUUUUCUCAAUACACAAAAGGUGCCUCAGAGCAUAAGGGUUACCAACAUGAAUAUGUGCACUACUUUAAGCAUUUCAUCUGUCACUUAAUACUGUUUGAAUUACCAGUUCUUGAACAUCACACAGGAAUGUUACAAAUACAUUAAAACAAUCUUAGAAUGUUGAAAAUAAAUCAAUACACAGUUCGUAAGGUAGAUUUUAUAUAUGUUAUUGUGUGUACAUUACCUCUGUCUAAUUAAAAAUGUUCAUUGAUUGAAAUAAAAUGAUGACUGCAUUAU